UUUGGAUAUUCCGAUGGAAAACAAAGGUGCAGGUCGAGUAGCAAUGCCGCCUCCCACCAGAGGGAAGCUAAUAACCAUUCUCUCCAUCGAUGGAGGAGGAAUUAGAGGAAUCAUUCCCGGGGUUAUCCUUGCAUACCUUGAAUCACAACUUCAGGAAUUGGAUGGUGAAGAUGCAAGAAUCGCAGAUUAUUUUGACUUGAUAGCAGGAACAAGCACGGGUGGCCUUGUAACAGCCAUGUUAGCUGCACCGAACAAAGCUAAACGCCCUCUUUAUGCUGCCAAAGAUAUUACUCCUUUCUAUCUUGAGCACUCCCCCAAAAUCUUUCACCAGAUCGGUGGACCAUUUGGUGGGGUGAUAAAUCUAACGAAAAUGUUGAACGGACCAAAAUAUGAUGGGAAGUAUCUUCACACACUUAUAAAGGGACUACUAGGAGGUACCAGGUUGCAUGAUACCUUAACUGCCGUCGUAAUUCCAACUUUUGACAUCAAGGAACUUCAGCCUGUCAUCUUCAGCUCAUAUGAGACAAAAUCAAAACCUGUUUCGGAUGCGGAAUUGGCGGACAUUUGCAUUAGUACCUCGGCAGCGCCAACGUUUCUACCUCCCCAUAGUUUCAAGACCAAGGAUGCUCAAAAUAAUGAACAUGAAUUCAACCUAAUUGAUGGUGGUGUGGCUGCUAAUAACCCGACAUUGAUCGCAAUUGGUGAGGUGACAAAGCAAGUACUGAUGAAGCAUGAAGACUUAUUUCCUAUCAAGCCCAUGGAAUAUGGUCGUUUUCUAGUGAUCUCACUGGGGACAGGCAAUGCAAAGAACGAGGGAAAAUACAAUGCUAAAAUGGCUGCGAAAUGGGGAUUACUUAGCUGGCUAACUCAUGACAACUCCACACCAAUCAUUGAAGCUUUUAAUCAAGCAAGCGCUGAUAUGGUUGAUUAUCACAACUUUGUGGUUUUCAAAGCUCUUCAAUCGGAUGAUCAAUACCUCCGAAUCCAGGAUGACACUUUGACAGGGAACUUGGCCUCAGUUGAUAUAGCGACAAAGGAAAACUUAGAAGGCCUCGUUAAGGUAGGAGAACGGUUGCUGGACAAACCAACUUCCAAGAUAAACUUAGACAAAGGAGUUUAUGAAGCAGUUGAGAACGGAGGAACCAACAAGGAAGCUCUUCGAAGGUUCGCAAAGACACUUUCAGACGAGAGAAAGUUCCGCCAGUCCAAUGCCGGCCAGUCUAAAUGAAAUUGUAUUGUCAUUCAUUUUAAUGUAUUGUUUGUUUCAGUUUAAUAAUAUUCCGACUUAGCCA